AUGGACGUGGACUCGCGCAUGGCGACGGAGUCCGACUCCGACUCCGACGCGCGCGGCGGCGGGUCAGGGUCCGGGAGCGAGACCCCCACGGCGUCCCCGUCCCCGUCCCAGUCCCCGUCGGCGUCCCCGUCCCCGUCCGCGCCCGGGACGCCCACGGCCGCGGCCGCGUCCCCGGGGCCGGUGGCGGGGCCCAGGCCUGCGCCGGGAUACACGGUGGUGGACGCCGCGAUGGACAAGAAAGAGGACGGGCCGGGGUGCCGGUGCGGCCACACGCUCACGGCAGUGCCGGCAGUCGGGGAGGAGGGCUCGCCCGGGUAUGUGGGCCCGCGCCUGAUACUCUUUGGUGGUGCCACCGCGCUCGAGGGCAAUUCCGCCACGCCACCCUCGCCGGCUGGGAGCGCUGGGAUCCGUCUUGCUGGUGCCACUGCUGAUGUCCAUUGUUAUGAUGUGUUAUCAAAUAAGUGGACCAGGCUUACUCCACUUGGUGAACCUCCUUCACCAAGAGCUGCACAUGUAGCCACUGCUGUUGGAACCAUGGUGGUCAUUCAGGGUGGAAUUGGCCCUGCUGGCUUAUCUGCUGAGGACCUUCAUGUUCUGGAUCUUACACAACAACGACCGCGAUGGCAUAGAGUUGUGGUUCAAGGUCCUGGUCCUGGUCCACGGUAUGGACAUGUGAUGGCCUUGGUUGGGCAGCGAUUCUUAUUGACAAUUGGUGGCAAUGAUGGAAAACGGCCCUUGGCAGAUGUAUGGGCCCUUGAUACUGCGGCUAAGCCAUAUGAAUGGAGAAAACUUGAACCGGAAGGUGAAGGGCCACCACCAUGCAUGUAUGCAACUGCUAGUGCCCGUUCUGAUGGUCUCCUUUUGCUUUGUGGUGGAAGGGAUGCCAAUAGUGUGCCCCUAUCGAGUGCAUAUGGGCUUGCUAAGCAUAGAGAUGGGCGCUGGGAGUGGGCAAUUGCCCCUGGUGUGUCUCCAUCACCCAGAUAUCAACAUGCAGCUGUUUUUGUCAAUGCACGGCUUCAUGUCUCAGGAGGGGCUCUUGGGGGUGGUCGCAUGGUAGAAGACUCCUCAAGCGUUGCAGUGUUGGACACUGCUGCUGGAGUUUGGUGUGAUACCAAAUCAGUAGUUACAACUCCAAGGACAGGAAGAUAUAGUGCAGAUGCAGCAGGUGGUGAUGCUUCUGUAGAGCUUACACGGCGGUGCAGGCAUGCAGCUGCCGCUGUUGGUGAUCUGAUAUUUGUUUAUGGAGGUUUACGGGGAGGUGUGCUGCUAGAUGACCUCCUAGUUGCUGAAGAUCUUGCUGCUGCUGAAACAACCAGUGCAGCUAAUCAUGCAGCAGCUGCUGCUGCUGCAUCUGCAAAUGUACAAAGAGAAGCUGGUAGAUAUGCCUACAACGAUGAACAAUCAGGACAAACAGUUACAGUUUCAAGUCCUGAUGGAGCUGUUGUUCUUGGGACUCCGGUUGCUCCUCCGGUCAAUGGGGACAUGUAUACUGAUAUUAGUCCUGAGAAUGCCAUUAUCCAGGGACAGAGAAGAUUGAGCAAAGGUGUUGAUUAUUUGGUUGAAGCAUCAGCUGCAGAGGCUGAGGCAAUCAGUGCUACUUUAGCUGCUGUAAAGGCUAGGCAAGUUAACGGUGAGAUGGAGCAUUCACCUGACAGGGAACAGUCUCCAGAUGCUGCACCAAGUACCAAGCAAAAUUCAAGCCUCAUAAAACCAGAUCCUGCUCUUUUGAACAAUUCAACACCACCUCCUGGGGUUCGGUUGCACCAUAGAGCAGUUGUGGUAGCAGCAGAAACUGGAGGUGCCUUAGGUGGCAUGGUUAGACAGCUGUCGAUUGACCAGUUUGAGAAUGAAGGUAGAAGGGUCAUUUAUGGCACCCCUGAGAAUGCAACUGCGGCAAGGAAAUUACUAGAUCGACAAAUGUCUAUUAAUAGUGUGCCCAAAAAGGUAAUUGCUUCUCUUCUGAAACCUCGUGGUUGGAAGCCCCCUGUGCGAAGGCAGUUCUUUCUUGACUGCAAUGAGAUUGCAGAUCUAUGUGAUAGUGCUGAAAGAAUAUUUUCAAGUGAACCUAGCGUCAUACAGCUAAAAGCUCCCAUUAAGAUAUUUGGUGAUCUGCAUGGUCAAUUUGGUGACCUCAUGCGCUUAUUUGAUGAAUACGGUGCUCCUUCAACAGCCGGAGAUAUUGCCUACAUAGAUUAUCUUUUCUUGGGAGAUUAUGUCGAUCGUGGUCAGCAUAGUCUGGAGACAAUCAGUCUUCUCCUUGCACUGAAGGUUGAAUAUCCUCACAAUGUACAUUUAAUUCGAGGGAAUCAUGAAGCAGCGGAUAUCAAUGCUCUUUUUGGGUUCCGAAUAGAGUGCAUAGAGAGAAUGGGUGAGCGGGAUGGAAUCUGGACCUGGCAUCGUGUGAACAGGUUAUUUAAUUGGCUUCCUUUGGCUGCACUAAUAGAAAAGAAGAUAAUUUGUAUGCAUGGUGGUAUUGGUCGGUCCAUCAACCAUAUAGAACAAAUUGAAAAUCUUCAAAGACCAAUUACCAUGGAAGCAGGCUCAGUUGUUCUGAUGGAUCUUCUAUGGUCUGAUCCAACUGAGAAUGAUAGUGUAGAGGGACUCAGGCCAAAUGCACGGGGCCCUGGACUUGUUACCUUUGGGCCUGAUAGAGUUAUGGAGUUCUGCAACAACAAUGACCUGCAGUUGAUUGUGCGAGCACAUGAGUGUGUGAUGGAUGGCUUUGAGCGUUUCGCUCAAGGUCACUUGAUCACUCUUUUCUCGGCAACAAAUUACUGUGGAACGGCAAACAACGCAGGUGCAAUCUUAGUUCUUGGAAGGGAUCUGGUGGUUGUUCCAAAACUCAUCCAUCCUUUGCCGCCUGCCAUUACGUCACCUGAGACCUCUCCAGAGCAUCAUAUUGAGGACACAUGGAUGCAGGAGUUGAAUGCCAACAGACCGCCAACACCAACCAGGGGCCGCCCUCAAGCACCCAACAAUGACCGAGGCUCCCUUGCCUGGAUAUAG